AUGGAUGUUAUUGUUCUAAACACUCUCUUCUUGUUCAGCAUCCUUAGUGAUGUGCCUCAAGGCAUAUUAGACAAACUUUUGUCUGACAUUAAAGAUUGUGCUAGAAAUAUGGCUGCACUCAACAUCGAAGAAUCUGGAACAUUGGAGAUGAAUGUGCUGCUCCUUAGAGUUACUACACUCGUUGUUGAAGAAGAUGGAUUAGAUCAAUACUAUCAAAGUUCUAUUUAUCAACAAAAUGUGGGUUUGUCAUCGAAAUCGGAUGUUGAAACUCUUUCAAAUUCCACCGAUGAAUGUUCAAUUUGUUUGGAGGAGUUGCACAACGAAUCGCAGUCAGAACUCUUUCAUACAAAAUGCUCUCAUAUUUUUCAUAAAGAGUGUAUUGCCCAGUUGAUCUAUGGAUGCAUCAAUCGUUCAACUCCGUAUUCUUGUCCAAUGUGUCGACAAGAGAUAAUGUGA